AUGUGUAGAAGAGUCCUUAUUGACACUGGGGAGCCAGCUACUCCUGAAUAUAUUGGCUGUUUAAAGCAGGCACUGUCAGAGUUCAACAUCUCAAUUCAAGAAAUUUUAGUAACACACUGGCAUCAUGAUCAUACUGGUGGAAUACCCGAUAUCUGCAAAAACAUCCCUAAUGACUCUGAAUAUCGCAUCUGUAAGCUUCCGCGUGUCCCUCACUGUGAAGAAAUAAUAGAAGGAGGACAUAAAUAUUUUUAUCUUAAAGAGGGAGAUGUGGUACAGACAGAGGGAGCCACACUCAGAGUUUUAUAUACGCCUGGACACAGUGAUGAUCAUAUGUCUUUACAUCUAGAAGAAGAAAAUGCGGUAUUUUCUGGUGACUGUAUUUUAGGGGAAGGAACAACAGUAAUUGAAGACCUGUAUGAUUACAUGAAAACUUUGCAAAGGUUGUUACAAAUGAAACUAGAUUUAGUAUAUCCAGGUCAUGGCCCAGUAGUACGUGAUGCAAAUGCUAGAAUCCAAGGCUACAUUUCUCACCGACUUGCACGUGAACAGCAAAUUCUAAAUGUUUUCCAGAAGAAUGCUGGAAAAUCAUACACGUCCUCGGAGCUUGUAAAGAUAGUAUACAAGGACAUCCCUGAAAAUUUACUUCCAGCAGCAGAGUGUAACCUCCUAGUCCACUUGAAGAAGCUGGAAAAAGAAGGAAAAGUGUUACCUGAGGCGUCUCCCAGCUUCAGAUGGAGGAACAAUUUGUAAGUUACGCAAGAUUGCUCAAGAAUAUUUUUAGUCUGCACGGUUGCUGAAUGAAAAAAUAUAAUGAUGAGCUCAGACAAUAUGUAAAAUAAAAACUAAUUCUUCUUUCUUUUUUUUUUAAGAGGUGGUAACAAUUUUAAAGCAAUGU